CGCACAUUCCUCCAAGCAGCUCCAGGUCUCCUGUGCCCUGCACAGACCGUUAUCCUUAGUCUGGUCUCUCGCACCCAUCGCCACCAUGGAGGCCAUUAAGAAGAAGAUGCAGAUGCUCAAGCUGGACAAGGAGAACGCCCUGGACCGAGCAGAGCAGGCCGAGGCUGAGCAGAAGCAAGCCGAGGAGAGGAGCAAGCAGCUGGAAGAUGAACUGGCCGCCAUGCAGAAGAAACUGAAGGGGACGGAGGACGAAUUAGACAAAUAUUCGGAGGCCCUCAAAGACGCACAGGAGAAGCUUGAGGUGGCUGAGAAGAAGGCCGCAGAUGCUGAGGCGGAAGUGGCAUCCCUGAACCGCCGCAUCCAGCUGGUAGAGGAGGAGCUGGACCGGGCUCAGGAGCGCCUGGCGACCGCCUUGCAGAAGCUGGAGGAAGCUGAGAAAGCUGCAGAUGAGAGUGAAAGGGGCAUGAAGGUCAUUGAGAACAGAGCCCUGAAGGAUGAAGAGAAGAUGGAGCUGCAGGAGAUCCAGCUGAAGGAGGCCAAGCAUAUUGCUGAGGAGGCAGACAGGAAGUAUGAGGAGGUUGCCCGGAAACUGGUGAUCAUCGAGGGAGAUCUGGAGCGUACAGAGGAGAGGGCUGAGCUGGCAGAGUCCCAUUGCCGGGAGCUGGACGAGCAGAUCCGGUUGAUGGACCAAAACUUGAAGUUCCUUGCUCAGUCUGAAGAAAAGUACUCCCAGAAGGAGGACAAAUAUGAAGAGGAGAUCAAGAUCUUGACUGACAAGCUCAAGGAGGCUGAGACUCGGGCCGAGUUUGCAGAGAGAUCAGUAGCCAAGCUGGAGAAGACCAUUGAUGACUUGGAAGAUAAACUGAAAUGCACCAAAGAGGAGCAUCUCUGCACGCAAAGGAUGUUGGACCAGACCCUGCUAGACCUGAAUGACAUGUAAAAGACCCCCACCAUUCAGCCAGCCAGCCUCCCCUUGCCUCCCCCUCCCCUCACUGCCUUUUUUUUGUAGCCACUUGAACAGCAACAUUUCUGGUGGAGCAGGCUGUGUCUUAAAAGCCGACCUCUAACCCUCGGAGGGGUCGGUGGGUCAAAGGGUAAACUUAAAUAAAAAAAAAAACUUCGUUGCCAACUUAACCAAAAUGCCAACACACCCCCACCUCUCAAGGCUUAGAGGCCACGGGGCUGCACCAAGCCACCAGCAACUCUAUUAAGGGAAAAAUCUGCACACAACGCGAUACUCUUUCGGGGAGGGUGUAUCUGAGAUGUACACUCUUCGUAAUAAAGGGCAGGGGGCAUUUUUAGCAAACAUUCUAUGUAACUCCCAGGGCUCAUAAAGCUGUAGGCUGCAACUAAUUCUGCUAUUUCCCCCCACCCCCUCGGAUCACCAGCUUUUUACAGGGGGAUAGCUUGUCCUAUCUUCACCUCCCCCCUUCGAUUUGAGAGAAAGUAGCCUCGCCUCUCUAUGGAAUUCGCUAGGGGAUACUUACCUCUGCGCAAAAUAGUGCUUUCAAUUUUUGGAUCUAGGAAGUUUUGCUUCAAGCGGGGUUCUGGAUUUGGGUUUUUUUUUCUUUUUUCUUUUGCCAAAGUACAGUAUUAACUCCUGUGCUUUAAGGCUAUUGCUAGUAUGGAGAAACAGCUAUAUUGUCAAUAUUAAAUUUCAGGUUUUUUUUUUUUUAAAAAAGAACAAAACUGAGAUCUCCCCACCCCCCACCCCACCCACAAACACAUCCCUUAAUUUUCCUUUGGGCACCAUCUCUAGUUCUUACACCUGGUUAGUAAGUAAACGGUCAUUCCCCAACCUGCCCCACUUGAUCCAAGAAGUCUCCCUGGCUAGGCUUAGCUUUCUCUGUGCUUAGUAAAGCUUUGCAACUUCUGUGCGGAGGCCAAGGGGAGAGCGAUUUUACUCAAGGUGAGGGCAGGGCUCUUCCUCUCCCCCCCCCCCCCGGCCUUCCCAGCCAGGAGCUGCCGUGCUGUCUUACAACACAAAAACUGGAUGCCAGUCACCGUGUCGCUAUCUGCUCUCGUGACAUUUGAUGUGUCAGGCUGUUCUUGCAUGUGUGCAACUCCUCCUGUGGCUCAAAGGAGGGAAAGCGCUCCGGCUGCGGCGGCUUUUGGGGCCAGUGUGGAGAAAUGAGGAACCAUAUCAAGUGUUUUGAUACUAAAAAAAAAAAACCUCUGUCUUUUAUUGUGUCUUAUAUUUUUUUGGAAAUAAAACAGAAGCAUUCCCUCCA